UUUCAUUUCUGAGGCAUGUGCGGAUAUCUUGUCCUGGAGACAGGGUAAUGUGGUUUGACUGUUCGACAAAGACGAUAUGGGGCUCGGAGAAACAGUAUUAUGAAAGGGAUCGGCCGCUAUGUUUUACUUCAUUGUGAAAUUCAUGGUUAAAGUUACUAAUGUCAGCUGAUUGGCUCAACAAGCUUACUCUGCAAGACAUCAAACUCGAGCUCAUUUAACGACUUUAGGCGAGCGCUGCACAAGCAGACGGGAGCCAAACUACGACUAGCUUGACUUGUUACAUUCUGCUCAUGCAAUAUUCACCAUAUUAAAUCCGCUGAACAUCUCGAUCAACACAAGUGAUUAAAGAAGAUGGAGAUCAGCUCCCUAGAAGCCCUUACCCUGACCCACUUCAGCCAUGCCCACCCGCUGCAUCUCUCCCAGAUAGACGACAACGGCCAGAAAGAAAACCCCCGUUGCGGCGGCUGCCACGAAGAGUGCUCCUCCAAGGAUGGCGUCUACGCCUGCCGCUCCUGCACGUACUUCCUGCACUGCGAGUGCGCCGACCCGCCGCGCGAGAUCCGCCACCCGGCCGACGAGCUGCAUCCCCUCGCCUUCCUGGACGUCCCGCCUUACCCAGGGGAAGUCUUCAGCUGCAGCGCCUGCCGUCAAAUAGGCCGCGGCUUCCUCUACCGGUGCGCCGCCUGCCGCCUAGACGUCCACCCACGCUGCGCCAGGCUGCCGGCCUGCGUCCAACACCCGUCCCACAAGCACGCGCUGGUGCUUGCCACCAAGACGGCCUACGGAGGGCUGGGCUUCAUCUGCGACCUCUGCAUCAGGCACGGCCGCAAGCAAUGGUACUACAGGUGUAAGCCUUGCGGGUUCGAGCUGCACACAGAAUGCGCGAUCAAGGAAAGCUCAAAGUCUUCAGGGAAAAGUUCGAAAAAGAAGAAAGGAAGCAAGGAUUCACGAGCAGAGAAGGAAGCAGAGAAGUUUGUUAAGGAAGCGGUGUCCGAGGUCAUAGAGGAAAUCUUGGAUAACAUGUGAACGGACUUAACAGAUGUGUAUCAGUUAGAUGUAUAAUAUGUUUUUUCUUUUCAAAAUCUUGUCUGCAGCUAGAAAAGUUUUAUGAUUUGUCUUUGCUUGCUGUAUAUUACAGGAAUGUCGCAAUAGGUAAAAAGGGUACUUU